UCUCCACGACAAAUUAUGAAAUCGAUACUCUCACAUCGAAAUAAUUGCGAUAUAUCGAACCAUCGUUGCGUAAGAUGUCACCGUGGUUGUCAGUUCUUGUUUGCUUUUUCCUUUAUCGGCCACGCGGUUGUCAACGUUGCAAGGUAUAUAAAGUUGCUCGCGAGUGCAAUCGAAUCAUUCCAGUCUGCGUCGUCUAGUGAUAUCCACGUCAACGUGAAUCGAAUUUCUUGCGAUUCUAAGGAGAGGCUCAUUCGUCAUUUGGUAGACAAUAUGACUUCAAUGGAAAAAGGUUUUGCGACAACAGCCAUUCAUGCCGGGCAAGAUCCUCACCAAUGGACUCAUCGCGCACUUGUACCUCCUUUAGUGAUGUCCACAACUUUUCAACAAGAUGCUCCAGCGCAGCAUAGUGGCUUCGAAUACGGCAGAAGUGGAAAUCCUUCGCGUAACGUACUGGAAUCGUGUCUUGCUGCUCUUGACAAGGGCAAAUACGGUGUUUGCUUCGCUUCCGGAUUAGGUGCUACGAGUGUUAUUAUGUCUUUGAUGGAAGCGGGAGAUCAUCUCAUCUCGGGAGAUGAUUUAUAUGGUGGAACCAAUCGUUACAUUCAGAAGGUUUUGAGCAGACAAGGCGUGAAAUAUACCUUCGUUGACAUGACCAAUGUGCAAAACGUUAUAGAUGCCAUACAACCAAACACGAAGAUGGUGUGGUUGGAAACGCCGACAAAUCCCUUACUAAAAAUUGUGGAUAUCCAAGCCGUCGCUGACACCUUGAAAUCUCGCCCAGACAUUAUACUAGUUGUCGAUAAUACGUUCUUAACAUGCUACUUUCAAAAGCCUCUGGAUCUUGGUGCCGAUAUCGUAAUGUAUUCAUUGACGAAGUAUAUGAACGGGCAUUCCGAUGUUAUCAUGGGUGCUGCGAUUACGCGCCGGGACGAUCUCGCGGAGAGAUUGCGAUUCUUACAGAAUGCCACGGGUAUUGUUCCAUCGCCAUUCGACUGCACCAUGGUCAACCGUGGCUUGAAAACGCUAGAACUCAGGAUGCAGCAACACAUGAAGAACAGUUUAGCCGUGGCUAAGUUUCUCGAGUCUCAUCCUUGCGUCGAAAAAGUAUUUCAUCCGUAUCUUCCGUCUCAUAAACAACAUAAGUUAGCAAUUAAUCAAUCAUCAGGACACAGCGGAAUUUUCUCUUUCUAUCUGAAAGGAGAUUCUAGACGCUUUUUGAAAGCAUUGAAAGUCUUCACUUUAGCUGAAUCCUUGGGCGGUUACGAAUCACUAGCCGAAUUGCCAUCUGUAAUGACGCACGCGUCUGUACCGGAAGAUAUGCGAGAACAAUUAGGCAUAAAUGAUCAACUCAUACGAUUAAGUGUUGGUCUUGAAACGGAGCAAGAUCUCAUAGCCGAUGUUAAACAAGCAUUGGAGCAAGCUUGUCAAUAAAUUAACGAAUAAUCAAACAGCUGUGAAAGUAACACAGUUGGCACUGUGUUUUCCAGGCAGGUAUUUUAAUUUGUCUUAAUUAUACUAUAAAUAAUAUCAGAUUAUCACACUCUGUCACGGAUCUUUGUAGGAUACUGCUUGCGAUAUCAAUAGGUAUAUAAAGAAAUUUUAUUUUUAUAAAACUCUUUUAUACAUUCCACAGUUCUCACAUUUACAUUAGGAACACUUGUAUAAUACAAUUAUCAGAUACUUUUUGACACAUGUGAUCACUCGUCUUUUUUUUUUUUACAUAUACUUGUCAGACAUUUCUGAACGUGCAAAUAGAUCUAUUCUCAAAAUUCAGAAACAAUAUAAAAUUACAUUUUACAGUAAUAAUGUUAUAUAUUACAAACUGCGAACAAGGAAAAGCUAAUUAUUUGUAACAGGUCACAAAAGUUCACUGGCAAUCACUAAAUUCAACAAAUGUAAUUUCCAUGGAUUGCACACUUUGUCUUAAUCCUACAAAUAUGUUACUUUUCUGCGUUCCGUUGCUUCCGUAGAAUACUGUUGUAUAAAAACUGGGUAUCGUUUGUACUCUACCAAUGCAAUAAUUUUGGUGCAGUGUGGCAUGUUUCCUCUCCCAUACACAUAUGAAUCUUCAUAGAUUAAAAAAUUGUCCUAUUGCAAA